AUGUCGCCAUGCAAAUCCUUGCUUCGCCAAUGGCCCCGUUACUCCCCUCGCCCUUUUACUAGCGCCUUGAGGACAUGUCGUCCUCUGGUGCAGCGCUCUGGAAUUAGUCGACUGCCCUCUUGGCGGACAUACGCUUCUUCGAUUUCCGCGGCCGACCUUAAAUUCGGACAACCAUUGCACGAGACGCAUCCUCAUAUACUGAGCCCGGGAGAAUUGACUCCCGGAAUCACAGCACUCGAGUACGCCCAACGUCGAUCCAAACUCGCGAACAAGCUCCCGCAGAAUGCGAUUGCAGUGCUAGCGGCUUCGGAGGUCAAAUAUCGUGCGGCAGGAAUCUUCAAUGAUUACCGCCAGGAUUCCAACUUCUUUUAUCUCACGGGUUUCAACGAACCCAACGCCUUGGCCAUCAUUGCGAACGAUGGAUCCGGCGACAACCACAUCUUCCACCUCUACGUUCGGGAAAAGGAUCCCAAGGCUGAACUGUGGGACGGGGCCCGAUCCGGCACGCGGGCUGCUGUAGAUGUCUUCAACGCGGAUGAAGACAUAGAUGACUCAAGGCUGACUGGUGUUUCGCAGUCGGGUGAUAUCGAUCGCAUUGGGGACAUCUUACCAAACAUCGUGUCCGGAGCCUCUGCAAUCUACACGGAUAUUCCCGCGCUUGACCCCGGGAGGUCCAGUCUGCACAAGUACCUCUAUGGCCCCACUACUACAUCCGAGAAGCUCAAGAAAUGCGUCGACUAUAGCAAGGUCAGACCACUGCGGCCACUUCUCAAUGACAUGAAGGUCUUCAAGAGCGAGGAUGAGGUUGUCCAUAUGCGUCGACUUGGUCAGGCCGCAGGAAGAGCCUUUACGGAGUCUAUGAGCCAUGAAUUCAAUAUGGAGAAGGACUUGGCUUCCUUUCUGGAAUACAACUUCAAGGUCAAUGGCUGCGACACUAGCGCUUUUGUCCCUGUUGUCGCUGGCGGACCUAAUGCGCUUAGCAUUCAUUACACCAGAAAUGAUGAUGUCCUGAAUGACGGAGACUUGGUCCUCACAGACGGAGGCGGGGAAUGGGGAACAUACAUCAGCGAUAUUACAAGGACAUGGCCGGUCAACGGCAAAUUCUCGGGUCCCCAGCGUGAUCUGUAUACCGCGGUGCUUAACGUGCACCGGAGCUGCCUUGCUCUUUGCCGAGAAAGCGCAAUGGUUUCUUUGGAUAGGCUGCAUACUAUUGCUGAAAACGGCCUGAAAGACCAACUCCAGCAGCUUGGAUUUGACGUAACUGGAAAUGCUAUGAAUGUUUUGUUCCCGCACCACGUUGGACAUUAUAUUGGAUUGGAUGUCCACGACUGCCCUGGAUAUUUGAGGAGCUACGCCCUUAAAGCGGGCCAGUGCAUCACUGUUGAACCCGGUAUCUACGUUCCGGAUAGCGAUAGAUGGCCGGCAAAGUUCCGAGGCAUUGGUAUCCGAAUCGAAGACAGCGUGUGUGUUGGUGAUGACCACCCCAUUGUCUUGACUCCGGAAGCAGUCAAAGAGGUAUGUUUGCUUGGCCCCAUAAUCGUAGGCUGUACUGACUGA